GCAUUUCAUUUUCUUUUAGAAAGGGAAUGAAACUAGUGAUGUGAUUUUUUUAUUUUCUUUGAGCAACUUGUGAUGUGAUUUAACACUUUGUAAGCACUUAGUCUUUGUGUUCAUCACACUCACUCACUCACUCUCUUUCUCUCUCUCCCUCCCUCUCGCAUUCUCACUCUCUGUCCCUGAUGCUAUCUAUCUCUGUCUAAAAUUUUCAGGCUACCGGCCACCCCUACCACCUCUCAUUGUUGUAAUUCUCCUUCUUGAUUUGUCACCUCUCACUCUCCCUCCUUUCCCCCUUAUCUUCAUUACUCUCUAACUCUCAUUCUAUCUUCAUUGCAGUCUCUCCCAGGCUAACGGCCACCCACUUUGCCUUCCCUCUUGGUUUUCCCUCCCUUACACUCUCUGUCACCCUUCCAUUUUCUCCUCUCUCUCUCUUCUCAAGCUCGGGAGGUCAGUGAUCAUCCAUAGAUUUUCCCCUUUGUGUCCUCGUCCUCUAUUUGGUGAAAAUGGAAGGUGAUGUUGUGUAGGUUCUCGCUAGCAUCUCCUACAACUUGACUUCUCUUCAUAGGAAGGAAGAGGAGGAACACAACGUCGCAACGUCGCAUACUUAAACAAACAGCCCAUUCACGUGAUCUUCUUGGCACGUUGGUUUCUCAAUCCUUUUAUUUUGUUUUCCUUUUGCUCUGCUUAAAGUCAUUUGUUCUAGACUUGUAGACCUAGUUCUACAUCUUAUCUGUAUUUGUAUUCACAAAAAAAAAAAAAAAAAGGCCUGUGAGAAUCCGAAAGAAGAAAGGAAAAAUGGAUAUUGUUACAGCAAUUAUAGGAAAAAUUGGAGAGAUUUCGGUUGUUCUAAUUGGAAAACAUAUUGGUUAUCUCAUUUACUACGAAAGGAACACGGAAGCUCUCAAAGAUCAUUUAGACACACUAGAUGGCACGAGAGUUAGAGUAAACCAAACCAUCACUGCUCACAAAUUGAGGCAAGAAGUACCCUCUCCAGAGGUGAUAAGCUGGCUUACAAAGGUGGAACAGAUUACUAAAGAUUUGGAAAAUGACAAUACUAAAAGGAAAUGCUUGAAUGGGUGGUGUCCAAAUCUGAAGGCACGAUAUUCCUCGAGUAGGAAUGCUAAAAAGAAAACCCAAGCCAUUGGUGAGCUUAUAGAAGAAGGUAGAAACUAUGUUGAGCCUUACCAUAUUGCUGCUCCACCACAAACAGGAUCAUCAUUAUCCUCUGAAGGUUUCAAGCAUUUUGAAUCGAGAACAUCAAUUAUAAAUGAUGUUUUGAUUGCUCUAAGGGAUGACAAGACCAACAUCAUUGCAAUAUGUGGUAUGGGUGGGAUCGGAAAGACAGCAAUGGUCAAAAAGAUAGCAACAAGAGUGAAAGCUGAAAAUUUAUUUGAUGAAGUAUUGAUUGCAGUGGUGUCUCAAAGCCCAGAUUUGAGAAGUAUUCCAUUGGAAAUUGCAGAAAAUCGAGGUUUGAAACUCUAUCAAGAUACUUUGGCUGGAAGAGCAAGUGCACUAUAUUCAAGCCUACGGGAGCUCAAGAAUGUCCUUGUAAUUUUAGAUGAUAUUUGGGAACCACUUAAUCUAAAGGAAGUUGGAAUUCCUUAUGGAGAUCAACAUAAGAGCUGCAAAAUCUUGAUUACAUCACGUAGUGAAGAAACCUGCAAUAUGAUGAAAGCUCAAAAGAUUUUUUCAAUCAAACCGUUAUCUGAAGGGGAAACAUGGAACCUAUUUGGAGAAAUGGCAGGUAAUUGUAUUGAGACUCCCAAUCUGCACCCAAUAGCAAAAAAUGUCGCAAAGGAAUGUGGAGGUUUACCAGUUGCGAUUGUCACCAUCGGUAGAGCCCUUGAAAACAAAAGCGAGGAGGAGUGGAUUGCAGCACUUGAGCAGCUUCGAAAGUGUAUCCCCCAAAAUAUUCCUCACGUGCAUAAAAAUGUCUAUUCAUGUAUUCGGUUGAGUUACGAUUUUUUAGAAAGCGACGAAGCUAGGUCAUGCUUUUUACUAUGUUGUUUAUUCCCAGAAGAUCAUAAUAUUCCCAUCGAGGAUUUGGUCAGAUAUGGAGUAGGGCGAAAGUUGUUUGAUCAAAUUGAUGCCAUAGCACAAGCAAGACUACGAGUCCAUGCAAUGGUUGGGAAUCUUAGAAGGUCAAACCUGUUGUUGGACAGCAAGGAUAAAGAACAUGUCAAAAUGCACGAUGUUGUACGAGAUGUUGCCAUAUAUAUUGCAUGCAAUGAAUAUGGUUUUAUGGUAAGAUGCGAUAGUGAAAUGGAGGAAUGGCCACAAAAUGAUAGAUAUGAACUUUAUGCUGCGAUUUCACUUUUUUCUGAGAAAUUGAAAAGGCAUCCAGAUGGGUUGGAGUGGCCCAAACUGGAGCUUUUGCAAAUCUCAUCAUCAUUCAGUGGAUAUGGAAAACGUAUUCCACAGAGUUUCCCAGCCAACCUAUUUAGAGGGAUGAAGGAACUUAAGAUUUUGUCCUUCUAUUGUAUGUCCUUCCUGUCACUACCAUCAUCGAUCCGAGUCCUUCAGAACCUUCGAAUGUUGAGACUGGAGUAUUGUGAUUUCGAAGAUGUGUCGGCAAUUGAAGCACUUUUGAAACUAGAAAUGCUUAGCUUUCGUGGUUCUCAGAUAAAGGAGUUGCCAAGGGAAAUACAAAAUUUGACCUUGUUAAAGUUGUUAGAUUUGUCAAAAUGUGGGCAACUUGAGCGAAUUCCACCAGGUGUUCUAUCGAGUUUAUCUCGACUGGAAGAGUUGUACAUGGAACAAUGCUCGUUUAAGUGUUGGGAAUCUCCAGAAGGAAAUGGAAAGGGAAUCAACGCAAGCGCUGCUGAAUUAUGUUCUUUACAGCAUUUGAUGGCUUUGGACAUUUGUAUACCUAUCAAGCUCUUGCCGAAAGACUUGUACUUGGAAAAGUCAUUGAUGAAAUUUAGAAUAAGUGUCACCGAUGAAUUUCAAUUCAAAAUGCAUUGGAAGCCAUCGUAUCUAUUUGAAAAUACUCUGGGUCUCGAUUGUAAUGCAAGUGAUAUUGCAGAGAGUCAAACGAUUCGUUUAAUGUUGCAGAAAGCUAAAGCUUUGUACUCGAUAAAUACACAUCAUCUAGUGACGAUAUGCCAUAGCCAAGUAGCAGUGGGAUCCUUUGGCAGCUUAAGAUAUCUUAAUCUAAGUCAAUGCCACUCAUUGAAAAAUGCCUUUCCAUUGUCCAUAGCGAGAGGUUUGCUUCAACUCCAAGAUUUGAUUAUAAAUGACUGUUCUGUUAUGGAAGAGAUUUUCUCUGAGGAAGAAAACGAUGACGAAGCAGUACUGAAAACGAUACAGUUUCCACAGUUGUACCAUGUGGAGCUGAAGUAUCUACCAGGACUAAUCGCUUUUUGUAAAGGCAUCGAAUCUAGCCAUGUUAUAAUGGCGCAACAACCAUCCUUGAAUCAAGAGGUUGAAGGGCAAGACAUCUCUCAUAAAUUACUUUCUUCCAUAAGCAUUUUCUGGGCACCCAAUCUACAACAACUUCAUAUCAGUGAUUGCUGGUCACUAGAAGUCGUAUUUGAUCUUGAGGGACUAGAGGUUGAGGAGAACUGUCGGGGAUUCAUAGCACUUUCUCAAUUGAGAGAUUUAAGUUUAAAAUAUUCACAUAAGUUGAGACAUGUGUGGAAGAAUAUCCCACGAGGAUUUCAAGGCUUUCAAAACCUAAGCUCUAUUUAUUUAGAAGGUCGUUCCUGUCUACAAUAUUUAUUCACUCCUUCUAUUGCAAAACUACUCGUGGGACUUGAAAGUGUAUCAAUAAUUGAUUGCGACGAGAUAGAAAACAUUCUUGAAGUUGGAGAAGAAGAAGAUGCGGCAGAGAUCAUCGUGUUCCCCAAACUUAGCUCCUUCAAAUUGUGGAAUCUGGAGAAGCUCAAGAGUUUUUGCCCCCCAUCCUAUUACCUUGAAUGGCCAUCCAUACAUAAAAUCAGUCUGUACAAAUGUCCCAACUUGAUAACAUUUGGUUCAGAAAUUCAAAGCACAACAAAGCCUAAGAAUAUAAAUGUGGGAUUAGAUUCGAGACUCCAAGACACUGGUACGACUGCCUCUGUAAAGGAUGCCCCUGAUUAUCUAGAUAGAUGCCUUGCCUGUGUCCCGCGUCGCAAGAAACUCCAAGAAAGCUCUUCCUUGGGAUGUAUUGAAACCGAAUUUCAAGGGCAAAUUCUGCACCCUCAAGUUAACAAAGAGGAUGAGCCAAAUGUGAAUGACAGAGACAUUCAAACAGAGCUACGGUCUCUUUUUCCAUCAAGUUUGAUUAAGAGUUUGCAAAAUCUAGAACAACUUAAAGCAGAGGAUUGUAAUUCAUUGGAAGCGAUAUUUGAGCUCGAAGGAGGACUAAAUCUUGAGAAAAGCUCUGCCUUCGCUGCAUGCAAUAAUUUGAAAGAACUGCAGUUACAGUCUUUACGAAAGCUGAAGCAUAUAUGGAGGGUGGUUGGUCCACAAGAAAUUAGAGGCUUCCACAAGUUGAGGCUGCUACAAGUACGUGAAUGUCAUAGUUUGAAAUACUUGUUCUCACCAUCCAUUGCGAAACUUCUUGUGAAAUUGGAAAAAAUAGAAGUGGAGGAUUGCAACGAAAUGGAAGCAAUUCUAGCAAAAGCAAGAGAUCAAAAUGAGAAAAGCGAGGUGACAUUUCCCAAAGUGCAUACCCUCUCACUUCUCAGUUUACCAAAACUCGAGUGCUUUUGUGUUGAAGCUAAUGCUUUUAAGUGGCCAUCCCUAACAAAAGUAGAAGUAGUUGGAUGUGAUAAAUUGAAGAUGUUUGUUCCAACAGAAGUGGAAACGCCACCUGAACAAGAAUUUCAUGGGCAAAUACUGCACCCUCAAGUCAACAAAGAGGAUGAGCCAAAUGUGAAUGACAGAGACAUUCAAACAGAGCUACGGUCUCUUUUUCCAUCAAGUUUGAUUAAGAGUUUGCAAAAUUUAGAACAACUUAAAGCAGAGGAUUGUAAUUCAUUGGAAGCGAUAUUUGAGCUCGAAGGAGGACUAAAUCUUGAGAAAAGCUCUGCCUUCGCUGCAUGCAAUAAUUUGAAAGAACUGCAGUUACAGUCUUUACGAAAGCUGAAGCAUAUAUGGAAGGUGGUUGGUCCACAAGAAAUUAGAGGCUUCCACAAGUUGAGGCUGCUACAAGUACGUGAAUGUCAUAGUUUGAAAUACUUGUUCUCACCAUCCAUUGCGAAACUUCUUGUGAAAUUGGAAAAAAUAGAAGUGGAGGAUUGCAACGAAAUGGAAGCAAUUCUAGCAAAAGCAAGAGAUCAAAAUGAGAAAAGCGAGGUGACAUUUCCCAAAGUGCAUACCCUCUCACUUCUCAGUUUACCAAAACUCGAGUGCUUUUGUGUUGAAGCUAAUGCUUUUAAGUGGCCAUCCCUAACAAAAGUAGAAGUAGUUGGAUGUGAUAAAUUGAAGAUGUUUGUUCCAACAGAAGUGGAAACGCCACCUGAACAAGAAUUUCAUGGGCAAAUACUGCACCCUCAAGUCAACAAAGAGGAUGAGCCAAAUGUGAAUGACAGAGACAUUCAAACAGAGCUACGGUCUCUUUUUCCAUCAAGUUCGAUUAAGAGUUUGCAAAAUCUAGAACUACUUAUGGCAGGGUAUUGUAAUUCAUUGGAAGCGAUAUUUGAGCUCGAAGGAGGACUAAAUCUUGAGAAAAGCUCUGCCUUCGCUGCAUGCAAUAAUUUGGAAGAACUGAAGUUACGGUCUUUACGAAAGCUGAAGCAUAUAUGGAAGGUGGAUGGUCCACAAGAAAUUACAGGCUUCCACGAGUUGAGGCUGCUACAAGUACGUAAAUGUCAUAGUUUGAAAUACUUGUUCUCACCAUCCAUUGCGAAACUUCUUGUGAAAUUGGAAAAAAUAAAAGUGGAGGAUUGCAACGAGAUGGAAGCAAUUCUAGCAAAGGCAAGAGAUCAAAAUGAGAAAAGCAAGGUGACAUUUCCCAAAGUGCGUACCCUCUCACUUGCCCGUUUACCAAAACUCGAGUGCUUUUGUGUUGAAGCCAAUGCUUUUAAGUUGCCAUCCCUAACAAAAGUAACAGUAGUUGGAUGUGAUAAAUUGAAGAUGUUUGUUCCAACAGAAGUGGAAACGCCACCUGAACAGGAAUUUCAUGGGCAAAUACUGCACCCUCAAGUCAACAAAGAGGAUGAGCCAAAUGUGAAUGACAGAGACAUUCAAACAGAGCUACGGUCUCUUAUUCCAUCAAGUUUGAUUAAGAGUUUGCAAAAUUUAGAACAACUUAAAGCAAAGUAUUUUGAUUCAUUGGAAGCGAUAUUUGAGCUUGAAGGAGGACUAAAUCUUGAGAAAAGCUCUGCCUUCAUUGCAUGCAAUAAUUUGAAAGAACUGAAGUUACGGUCUUUACGAAAGCUGAAGCAUAUAUGGAAGGUGGAUGGUCCACAAGAAAUUACAGGCUUCCACGAGUUGAGGCUGCUACAAGUACGUAAAUGUCAUAGUUUGAAAUACUUGUUCUCACCAUCCAUUGCGAAACUUCUUGGGAAAUUGGAACAAAUAAAAGUGAUGGAUUGCAACGAAAUGGAAGCAAUUCUAGCAAAAGCAAGAGAUCAAAAUGAGAAAAGCGAGGUGACAUUUCCCAAAGUGCAUACCCUCUCACUUGUCCGUUUACCAAAACUCGAGUGCUUUUGUGUUGAAGCUAAUGCUUUUAAGUGGCCAUCCCUAACAGAAGUACUAGUAGUUGGAUGUGAUAAAUUAAAAAUGUUUGUUCCAACAAAAGUGGAAACGCCGCCUGAGUUAGAGGGAGUAGAUACUGGAGAAAAGUUUCAAUGGAUGGUUGGAGACCUUAAUGCCACCAUCCAACACAUGAUGAACAAAUGCGAGGAAUCGCAUGCUCAUGAAAUCUCUUCUUCAUCGUCCUACGCAUCAAAGUCUCUUCUUGCCAAUUCAGGACUGCAGGGAAGUUCAUAGAUGGAGUUGAGAUGGGGACUUAGAAGAUGGAAGAGGAAGGUGUCGGCCUAGAAGUGUUCUUAAGGUCUGAAGUGCUUGACCUGGAAGCAGGUAUCGAUGAAGAAUAAAGUUGGGCUAUGAGAAUAAAGUGGGCUUGCACGUAGUGGGCCAUGGAGAAUCACGGCUGAAGUUGAAAGCCCAUAUUACUUUGUGUUAUUUUAGUACGGUUUAGCUUUUACUAGAGUCGGUAGUAUUUUACUUAUAAUAGCCCGUGGACAAUAAGGGCAUCUUAGUAUUUUCUCUGUUAUAGUAUACAUAGUCGGCGUCUGUACGGAAGGAAGCAUCUGUUAUGUUGAAGUAUGCUACAAUGACGAUAACACAGGUCUUUUAGACAACCAUGUGUCUCAAUUGAUUUAGUUUUGAGGGACAUAUUUCCAUA